UCAGAGGCUGUUACUGGGAACGUCAAGCGGAUAUGCAUCAAACGAGGCUCGGGGUGCACGCGCCACCCUCCGGCAUGUCGCUGCCGCUAGUACAGUGGGUGUAGGCAGGCACAGCGCACGCUCGCUCACCCAAACGGUGCCAAACCGAGGGAACUUGUGAGCAGCACCCCGCCAUUCUUCGAUAAAACUCCGAUCCAAGAUUCGAUAUCUGCUGUUCUUCUACCGCCACGACUCCCACCCUCCUUGUUCUACCCGUGUAUUUGUCUCGCACUAUUGCGGUUGCUGUAGAUUCGACGCCCCCAAUUUGCACGACCGCCCAAUUUUGCCCGCAGCAUCUCGCCACUACCGACAAGACGACACACGACCCCUCCUCUUGUACGAGCUGACGCGCGACGCUGUAGUCGAUCAUGGCAAAAACAGCCGUCGACCUCAAGAAUGAGGGCAACAAGGCUUUCGCGGCGGGCGACUGGCCGACCGCCGUCGACUUGUACACACAGGCCAUCGAGCUCGACGAUUCACAGCCUACGUUCUACUCAAAUCGAGCGCAGGCACAUAUCAAAUCCGAAGCCUUUGGCUACGCCAUCGCGGACGCCACCAAGGCGAUAGAGCUCGACCCCAAUAUGCUCAAGGCGCACUUUCGACGAGGUCUUGCUCGCGCUGCGAUUCUGAAACCAAAGGAAGCCGUAGCCGACUUCAAACGAUGCGUCGAGCUCAACCCCCAAAGCACUGACGCCCGACUCAAACUGGAAGAAUGCAAAAAGAUUGUGCGCCAGCUGGCCUUCUUCGCCGCCAUUGAGGUCGGCGACCAGCCCUCGGCGGCUGAGGGUCUGGACCUGGACAACAUGGCUGUCGACGAGGGCUACGACGGUGCCCGUCUGGGCAAGGAGAUGACGCAGGAAUUCAUUGAUGACAUGACCGAACGCUUCAAGCAGGGCAAGAAGUUGCAUCGCAAAUACGUAUACCAGAUCAUCCUCGCCGUCAAACAGAUUGUCUACGAGGAGGCGACCAUGGUCGAGAUGAAGAUCCCUUCGGAUGUCGAGCUGACGGUCUGUGGCGACACACACGGCCAAUACUUUGAUCUGAUGGAGUUGUUCCGACGCAACGGAAGCCCGAGCGACAAGCACUGGUACCUGUUCAACGGUGACUUUGUGGACCGCGGCUCAUGGUCAACGGAAAUCGCCCUGCUGCUAUAUGCGUACAAGUGGCUACGCCCGCACGGCUUCUUCCUGAACCGCGGCAACCACGAAACAGACGAUAUGAACAGGGUGUACGGUUUCGAGGGCGAGUGCAAGGCCAAGUACAACGAGAGGACAUUCAAGCUCUUCUCGGAAAGUUUCUCCGCCUUGCCUCUGGCCACCCUUAUUGGCAAAAAGUACCUCGUCCUCCACGGUGGUCUUUUCUCCGACGACAAUGUCACAUUAGACGACAUUCGCAAGCUCAACCGACACAACCAGCGCCAGCCUGGACAGUCCGGCCUGAUGAUGGAGAUGCUCUGGACAGAUCCGCAAGAGGAGAAGGGCCGCGGUCCCAGCAAGCGAGGUGUCGGCAUGCAGUUCGGUCCCGACAUCACAGCCAAGUUCUGCGAGAAGAACGGGUUGGAGGCAGUCAUCCGCAGUCACGAAGUGCGCAUGGACGGGUACGAGGUGCAGCACGGCGGUCGUUGUAUUACUGGUAUGUCCAUACAAGCCACACGGGAGUCGAUUGCUAACACGGUCAGUCUUCUCGGCGCCCAAGUACUGCGACUCGACGGAGAACAGGGGUGCUUACAUCAACAUCGGCCCCGACUACAAGCUCAAAUACGAGCAAUUCGAUGCCGUGCCGCAUCCGGACAUCAAGCCCAUGGCAUACGCCCAGAAUUCUCUUCUUUCGUCGCUUAUGUAGUAGGCUUGGAGGAUGUGCUCGUGGGCAGAAAUCGCAUAACGCAUGGUCAGGCGUCAGGACACGGUAUAUCGGAGGAGUUUGCAAAUAUAAGCGCGCAGAUACCCCGUGUAGAUCGUAGAAUCAUUAGAUCAAGGGCUGGACAGGACCUUGGGAAUUUUAUUUGGAUUCCGUGUGUCGGUGGCAACACUUAUGAUUUCCAUAUACGCUCCUGACCAUCGCCGCCCACCAUGGUGCCUAGCCAGUCGGACGCCUGUUUAAGUCGGAGCACGCGUCUCUGUCCAUUCUCGACGAGACCUGCCCAUGCGGUGAUGGCUGCCGCGAAGGUGCUCAAGUCCUCGCGUGGCACCCUGACCCAGCACUGUGAUCCGCUUGUCUUCAAGAUGUCCACGGGUAUCGCCUGGCCGGAGAGACCGAAUGACUGACGCAAGGCCGCGGUGCAGUAUGACUUGACCUGCAGAUCGUCCAGCUCCAGUGGCUCUGCCGACUCGGUAACAAGCUCCAUGUGGGCAUAUGACCAAGGCGCAUUCUUGACGGUGCACGUCAGGAUCUCAUGCGACUUUUCCAGGCCGGCCUUGGAGAAGGACACUUCCCCUUGUUGCGUCAUGUUUGAAGAUCCUAAUCGUCGCAGGACGGGUCGAGCUGGAGGCAGGCAACUCAGUAGAGGUUG